AUUAAGUGUAGUUUUUUUCUGUCAGGUGGCAACGUCUUUAAAAAAGACCAAAACAAUAAUAAUCAAAAAUAAAAGUUUUGCAACUAUUUUCCUUCAACUAAUUUCACCACGUGGAUGAUAUGCGUUUUUAUAGGUGCAAUUAGAGUGCAAUUAAAUCAACUUGCCGGCAAGCGUUUAGGAAAACUGUCGACAUGGACAAAGUCUACCUGCGAAACGUUCAAGAUACAGAGGAAUUGCACCUCACGUUUCGAUAUGCCAACGAGGCGCUGAAAGUGAACCGAGACUUUAACUUCUGCCGGCGGAUGGACGAGUGUGUUGAUGAAGCCCUGACCCGCAUCCGAAACAAUGUAGAAAAGGAGCUAAACAAGCGGAGCAAGAAGAAGUCCAAUGUGGACACGCCAGUCGCAUUAAUUCCAAGCGAUAUUCUUGUUGAGCUCCAUCGAAAGGAUUCUGAGGAUCGUAUCUCAGGUAUAACUUUUGCUGAGCUUCUAUCGGACAUUGGCAAAGGACUUGAACUGCGAGUGAUAGACAAAUCAUUCGAAUUAGUACUUAAUCGACCCUGGGUUGGAGGACUUCAACUACCAAGCUCCAUAAUGGCCGGAUACCUCGUUUACCCACUCAAACUGGAACUUCAGUUUUCCACACGGGAACACUGUUUGGGCCAAUGGUAUAAGGCCCUAAAGCCGAAAUCAGGAGUGUUUAAUGAGAAAACCAUAUGGGAGGCGUGCAGCGAGGGUUUGAUUUAUAUGGUAUCGGAAGCGGACAUUGAUUACUAUUUAAAAUUGGUGGUGACGCCACGGAAUGAGAUUGGAAUAACUGGUCCACCAGUUGAAUACAUUAGCAAAUCCCCCGUACAGGCUGGUCCCAGUGAUUGUCCCUACGAAAUACGCCAGCGGUAUACAACCAAACCUCUUGAAAGUCCAACACAAUUCCGUGUGGUCAGCUACAACCUCUUGGCAGAUUUAUAUGCAGAUGGGGACUACGCCCGGAAAACUCUCUUUCCCUACUGUGCAGCAUCGGCUCUGAAAAUCGACUAUCGGAAGCAGCUUUUCAUAAAAGAAUUGGUUGGUUAUAAUGCAGAUCUGUUAUGUCUUCAGGAGGUGGACAUCAAGAUCUUUGAUUACGAUCUAAAACCGGUUCUGGAAACCUAUAAUUUCAAGGGAAUCAUGACACCCAAGGGCACAUGUGCCGAGGGUAUAGCCAUGUUCUAUCGCUCCUCUCGAUUCGAGCUGUUGAACUCCUAUGUACUUCACUUGGGAGACAACAUAGGCAGUCUGCCCAUAUUCGCUCCACUAUGGAAUAAGAUCAAGGGCAACGAGAAACUGGCCACUCGCAUCUGUGAUCGAUCUACGACUUUGCAGCUGUGUUUGUUCCAGCUAAAGGAUACAAAGCGUUACGUUAUGGUGGCUAAUACACAUUUAUAUUUCCAUCCAGAUGCUGACCAUAUACGAUUGCUGCAGAUUGGAUUCUCGCUCAUCUUUGUGGAGCACAUCUAUAAGCAGGCUGUAAAGGAGCACAACAUUGCCGAUUUACAGAAUAUUGGACUUGUAUUCUGUGGUGAUUUCAAUAGUGUUCCCGAAUGCGGCAUUUAUAAGCUAAUGACGGAAAAGUUUGUAGACAGCAACUUUGUUGACUGGAGCAGCAAUGCGGAUGAGGCUGUCAAGGAUGUGGAACUGAGGCAGUCAUUCAACAUGAUCUCAGCUUGUGGAACACCGCCAUUUACGAAUUACACAACUCUAUUCUCUGCCUGCCUGGAUUACAUAUUUUACCAAAGCGAUUCCUUUGAUUUAAUACAGUCCGUGCCACUUCCAACCGUCGAACAGUUGAGCCAAAAUGAAGCUAUACCCUCAGUCACUUUUCCAUCGGAUCACGUUUCAUUAGUGGCUGAUCUUAAGUUUAAAUCAAACAACUGAUUGCCAAUAAUCUACUUAGACAACUAUUUCUGUAAUACAAUUUGUAUAUAUACAAUGUGAAUAUAUAAAUGUUGUUUUUAAUUGAA